CGCCGCCCCCGCCCGCCCGGCGCGGGCUCGGCGGAGGGUCGGGCGGCAGCAGCGCGGGGCGGCCGGGGCGGGGGUGGGGGGAGCGGUGUGGUGUGCCCGCGGCGCUCCCGCGGCAGCGUCGCCUGCGCCGCCGUCCCCGCCGCAGCCUGAGGGGCGCUGAGGAGAGCAAGAGAUUUUGGAAGAGGCGCGGGGAAGAGCUCCGGUGAAAGCGCCGGCCCCGCCCGCAGGCUCACGCCAUGGUGCGGGCUCCCCACCGUCCCUGAGGAGAGGCCAGGCGUGGGGCGGCAGGGGACGGCGGCAGCGCGGUUGUUAAGUUUGAGCAACGAGAGGCAACCAUGGCCCAAGCACCCACUGAUCCAAGUAAUGUGGAAGCUGUGGACCCAGAGGAGAGUUCUCCAAAUAUGAUUGUCUACAGAAAGAUUGAAGACAUCAUUACGAGAAUGCAAGAUGACAAAACAGGUGGAGUUCCCAUCCGCACUGUCAAGAGCUUUCUGUCCAAAAUCCCCAGCGUCGUCACCGGUGCUGAUAUUGUGCAGUGGCUUAUGAAGAACCUCAGCAUUGAGGAUCCAGGGGAAGCAAUACACUUGGGAAGUCUUAUCGCUGCACAGGGUUAUGUCUUUCCGAUCUCAGACCAUGUCCUUACCCUGAAAGAUGACGGGACAUUCUAUCGGUUUCAGGCACCGUACUUUUGGCCUUCAAACUGCUGGGAACCAGAAAACACAGAUUAUGCCAUCUAUCUUUGCAAACGGACCAUGCAGAACAAAGCUAGGCUGGAGCUGGCAGAUUAUGAAGCCGAAAACUUAGCAAGACUUCAGAGAGCAUUUGCAAGAAAGUGGGAAUUCAUCUUCAUGCAAGCUGAGGCCCAAGUGAAAAUUGACAGGAAAAAGGAUAAAACAGAAAGAAAGAUUUUGGACAGCCAGGAAAGAGCAUUCUGGGAUGUGCACAGGCCUGUGCCGGGCUGUGUGAACACCACAGAAAUGGACAUUAGAAAGUGCCGUCGUAUGAAAAACCCACAGAAAGUGAAAAAGUCAGUAUACGGGGUUACAGAGGAGUCUCAGCCCCAAAGCCCUGUACACAUGCCCUCUCAACCUGUACGCAAAACUACAAAAGAGGAUUUCCGGAAACAAAUAACUUUUCUGAACAUGCAGAUAGAGAGACAUUGUUUAAAGAUGUCCAAAGUAGCAGAAAGUUUAAUAGCCUACACAGAGCAGUAUGUGGAAUAUGACCCCUUUAUAACUCCUGCUGAGCCUUCCAAUCCCUGGAUAAGUGAUGAUGCAGCAUUGUGGGACAUUGAAAUGAGCAAAGAACCUAGUCAGCAGCGUGUGAAAAGAUGGGGUUUCUCCAUGGAUGAGGUGCUGAAGGACCCAGUAGGACGAGACCAGUUCCUUCGUUUCCUGGAGUCAGAAUUCAGCUCAGAAAACCUCAGGUUUUGGCUGGCUGUCCAGGAUCUCAAGAAACAACCUCUACAAGAUGUAACCACCAGAGUGGAGGAAAUCUGGCAAGAGUUUCUAGCUCCUGGGGCCCAAAGUGCUAUCAACCUGGAUUCCCACAGCUACGAGAAAACAAGCCAAAAUGUCAAAGACCCAGGGAGAUACACAUAUGAAGAUGCACAGGAACACAUUUACAAGCUGAUGAAGAGUGACAGCUAUGCGCGCUUCCUCCGUUCGAAUGCUUACCAGGACUUAUUGCUGGCAAAGAAGAAGCCAGAGAAUGAGCAAGGUCGUAGAACUUCUCUAGAAAAGUUCACUCGCAGCGUGGGAAAGUCUCUGGCGAGCAAGCGCCUCACGGGCCUGAUGCAGUCCUCCUGACGGCUUCAGCCGGCCGCCCCGCAGGAGAGACACCUGGGACCACCACCGGGGACGGGGCAUUUCGGGGAGAGCGGGUCCCCACAGGGGAGAGAGCCUGAGCCAGCGCAAGUGGGGAGCCAUGCGUCGGGGGAGCCCCUUUCCUCAUGGUUUGCAUCGGCACUUUCCUACCUGCACAGCUUUGUCAGGACGCCAAGCUCUGUGCAGGUAUUUUGUUUCUGACCAGGGUUUGGAGGAACACUCUUCACCGUGUGCAGAAGGUCAACAAGGCAAGGGCUUGCUGUUUUCUUCUGUAAGGAAACAGACCCAACCACAACUUGGAGAAAGAAGAGCUGAGAGAGGUUGCUAUUUUUCCUUCAUUUCUUCUCUCCCUGGCACAAACACGGCUGUAAUAGAUGGUGCCGCAGUCCCACUUGCUCCCUUUCUUGUGGCCAUCUGGAUCCAAUAAAAUAUCUGCUGGAAGCUGCUUCUCCUUUUCAGGAAAUCUCAAAUGUAUUUCUCCUGUAGAUUUAUUGACUUUACCUUUGUUUUUCUUUCCUACAUCUCUCCUUUAAAGCAAUGAAAAAAAAAAGAAAACGCACUAGUUAAGUUCAUCACUCGCUGUCCUUCCAAUAGCAUGUAGCAUGUCCAGAAAUGAUGGCCAGAUCCUCACCUGAAGACAGGAGAGUGUGAGUGGUUUUCAUCAACUGAGGAUCUGCCCCACUGAGUCAAACUUCAAUCUUGGUACAAAUCCUCUGAUGUCGGCGGAAUCGCUUUGCAUGUGCGUGUAGUGCAAAUGUGAUCAGACUCUGCCUGAAGCUCAAAAGUCAUGUUUCAGUUGUGUAAUGCACACACAAACACACACGCGCGGUAUUUAAAAGUGAGUUGUUUUCUAUUGUAUUUGAUUUUCUAUUUAUUUAAGGUUUUGCAUACUUACUCAAUGAUGGAUGUUCAAGCUUUACUCCAAGUAGAUAGAAUUGAACCACUUAGAAGAAACUCCAACUCCAAUUGCAGAGGGCCAAAACCUGCCCAUGUGUAUACAGGGAAGGGCAACUCUGAUGUGGGCAGGUCUCAAAAUUCAGUCUACAGUGAGGAGGGAUUUGAUGGAGAUGGGCCCAGCAGAAGCAGGAUGUGAUAGGGCAGGGUGCUGGGAGCCAGGUAACCCUUCCUGAACAGCAGCACACCCAGCCAUGAUAUAGAGCUCAGAUAACUGACUCCGCUGUGAAGCACAAGUGUAUGGGUGAAAUUGUACCACUUGGGGAAAUGAUCUUCCACUAAAACUUAUCUGACCUGCAGCCCAUGAGUACAACUGCAAGAGAUGACCCCAUAGUUUAUUUCAAACUGUUGGGAGUAUGGACAAUAGGAUGAGGACAGAACCGAAGUGACUUUAAUUAAAAAACCCCAUGUAUCUAGCUGCAGAUAGGAAAAUGGACUGCAUUCUCAUACAGUAUAUUGCCUAUAUAUGACACUUUCAGCACUCAGUUGACUUAGUGCCACAAAACCUCCCGUAUUUUGCAAGCAGUUCAGAUCUGAAGUAUAUAUGAAAAUAGACAUUUCUUGGCCUUCUUCACUCAUUACAAGGCAAAUUGGCUUUUUGUGCAGGUGAUAGAAAGUACUAUAUGGCUACAAGUCUGCGUUCCUACCUAGGCAAAAUCAUCUAGCUAAGUAGACAGCUGGCUAUUGACAAUAUUCACUUCUGAGGCAAGUAUUACUCUAGUAUCUAGGCCUGUGUAUGUACAAAAUUAGGCCACGCUAGUUUCUGUCAGAAAAAGGACCGUCCCUCUUUACCCAUGACAUCUCUCAUUUUGAUACAUUUCUUUUUCUCCAAAAGGCUCCUAUUACCCAUUUUACCUAAGGUACAUAGAACCCUCUACACCUGCAUGAAUGUACAGUACAAUAUUGAGUAUAAUAUCUGUUCUUUACACAUGCCUGUUUCCAUAAACAGCCUCAGUCCGAAUCGUCCUACACACAUGACACACAAGCAAGGAUACGGCAGAACCAUCAUGGAUGUGCCUGUACAUUUGUGUGGUGUACUGCUUCUGAAGGGGAUAUUUUGUCCCCUCCAAAUUGUCACUUGGCUGUCCUUGCAGGACCCAUUUGUCCUCUGUUGCCCACUCAUCCAUAGCGUCCCCUCAGUCUCCGUGUAACAGGCCCUGGUGUUCAUUCAUGCACAUUCGUAUGUGUCCACUUACACUGUCCCUGGGGAAAUGCAAAGUCUGGCCCUUCUCAGAGCCAUGUCAAUGGUGGUUUUGUCUGUGUCAAACCCACCAUUGCCAUGCAUCACUCUCUAAACCAGCUGCUGCUCACACCCCAAGCUACUCUACUGCCAGUGCUGCCCAAUCUCUAGGCUGAGACAUUUCCCAACAGGAGGUCUGUUCUGUGGACCUCCAGACUGGUCUGCAGAGCAUUCCUGAGCGGGAUGUAGGCAUGAAGCAUGAAACCCUGGUGUGCAGCAAGGAGCAGAGACAGCAAAGUGUUACCAGGGGUUCUCUGCUGUGCAGUGAGUUCCUGACACUGGACAGGUCUUCUCCUGGGGGAAGGAUGGGGUAGCUCCAUGGGGGUACUCCUCAGUGUCCUGCAGCAUGGUGGCACAUGUGGGCAGGACUGGAGGAUGCUGACAAGUGCACGGGACAAGUGGAAUUGGGGUUAUGGUCUGUACAGGGGGCAGCAGUGCCAGACUUUAACUUGGAGAUGUGCCACUGCCCCAUGAGCAAAGCGCCUGCUCUGUCUUUCCUGCUCUGUUCCUGCAGGACGGUUGUGUUGGCUGCCGCAGUGUCUUGCCUGUGGGGAAUAUGCUGUAUUUGAACAGUUGAGUGCAUGGAGGGAAUUUUUACAGACACAGAGUGCGUGCAUAUGGGCGUACAUCAGGGGGGCUGGAUGCUGAACAGCUUGCCAUUUAAAUGCACACUCGUGCAGGCUAAUCUGCUCAGUAAUGGCCAGCUGAGCGGACAGAGCUGCAUGUUCUCUGGAGAGAAGAAAGCUUUGCUUCUCAUUUCCUGACCAAAUUUCUCUAAAACAGACAUGAGAGUAGACAAGGCCUCCUCCUGGGAACAUGUAUGAUGUGUCUUCACGUAUGAUGGUACUAACAUGUAACUGCUUCCACAUGAACCUCAUCCCUGAAUUAUGGCUCUUUAAUGACAUUGCUUAUUUCAAAUGAUGCUGCUCUUGUACGCUCACCAGUGUCCCACUGAGUGUUGCAAGCAGUAAUCUGCUGCUUUAUAAGUGUCCCAUGUCUUCCAACUACCUCAUCGUCCUGAAGAUGAGCUAGAAAAUCAGCUUUCCACCUCAAUUUAUGUUCUAAAUGGCAUUGUUUCAAGGAAAGGCAGUCUGGAAAGCUUUUACAACAUCCAUGCUGUGCAAACUAGCUACAAAGCUUCCCAUACUUACAGAGCUAUGGCAGUGAAAUAUGGCUGUACACUGUUACUCAGAUAAUAGAGUAUCCGGAGCAUUCGUGGCUAUUGUGGUGAAACAGCACCAGGACAAGCAUUAGGAAGGGUUGGCAAGCUUUUGCAGACAGUUAGGCUAAGGCGAAUGGAUUAAUGUACUCAGUAUAAUUCAGUGCUAAGAUCCCAUAGAGUACUGUAAUAAAAUGGUAGCAGGGCAGCCAUAAAAAGUGGCAGUAAGCUGACAUAAUAAUACCAGGAUAAAUGUAGCAAUAAGGUAAUACAGGCCGCUGUAGUAAAGUAGCAUUUUGAUAAUGCAGCAAUAAGACACAACAGGAUGCUGCAGUAAAUUUGUUUGGGGAAUAACCAUGUGUGUGGACAAACAGUGGUACAUUUGUAUCAGGUACUGCAGCAAUAAAGAUAACACAAGGUGUCCUAGUAAUAAGUUACUACAGUAACAACAACACAAUGCACUGUAAAGUUAUAUCAGGAUGCUUCCAUGCUGCAGUCAAAUCCUACAAGAGGUGGUAGUGAGACAAUGAAAGCAAAAUAUGCCUCAUUUUGGACUGCAAAAAACACACCAGUUUUCUGCACCAUAACCCAAAUUCUGGAAUGAUCUCAGCAAUACCAAUCUUAUAACUUCAAAGAAGCUGAGGCAAGAGCAUUCCCCCAUCCAGUCUAUUAUUUUGGUCUGAGAAAAAAAAAUUAAAUUGACUUAUUGUCAUUUCAGCCAAAUUGUCACAGACUAUGGUGAAGUUCUUCAGUUCGUUCUUACUCAGGUGAAACCCCGGUGAUUUUGGUGACCCCUUUGCCUUGGUAAGGAUUUGGCUCUCUCCUCUUCUGGCAUGGGUGAUGCUUUUAGCCUCCAAUCAUUUCUGUUUCGGGGUGGGGGAAGGGGAACCCAGGUACAGAACAUCUGACUUUAUUGGUCUGUUUCCUGAAAUGCACAAAUAAAUUGAGCAUCCUGGAAAAGUCGAA